CACCACUUACAACCACACAGCCUAUCCAGAAACAUGAAGAUAAGAAAUGCUUGUGCUGUCCUUAUUGAAGUACUCCUGUUUAUACUUGAAGGAGUUACAGGAGCUCGAAAAAUUUCAACUUUCUCAGGCCCUGGCUCAUGGCCGUGCAAUCCCAAGUGUGAUGGCAGAACUUACAACCCCUCAGAGGAGUGUUGUGUUCAUGACACCAUCCUGCCCUUUAAGCGGAUUAACCUCUGUGGCCCUAGCUGCACCUACAGGCCCUGCUUUGAGCUCUGCUGUCCUGAGUCCUAUAGCCCCAAGAAGAAAUUUAUUGUCAAGCUUAAAGUUCAUGGAGAGAGAUCCCAUUGCAGUUCAUCCCCUAUCUCCAGGAACUGUAAAAGCAACAAGAUUUUUCAUGGAGAAGAUAUUGAAGACAACCAACUUUCUCUUAGGAAAAAAAGUGGUGACCAGCCUUGAGAGUCUGCUUUCUUCCUGCAAGCACCAGUUCCUGAAUGUUCUUACUUGAAGAAUGGAUACCUGAAGCAUUGGGGUGCAGUGAUAUAUGUGUCUCAUUACAAUGCUCCUUUGGAUAUUGU